CAACAGGAAUGCAGAGUAGUGUCGGAUAAUGAAGCAGGACUCCAACCUCCACAAAGCAAAGCGCGCCUGUCGUCCGUCGCAGCGUCCACUGGCACGGGGAGGAAACGCGCUGAUCUAACAUCCAAGUGGAUGCAGCAUUAAUGCUCCUUUCUGAGCUUAUACAUUUGUGCUUUUUUAUUCAGGUCAUCCUCUUAGCAACGCUGUGACUCUCACCAACGAACACUGCUCCCAAUGUUUACUUCUACAGCAUGUCCUCUCAAGCCAGGGGAAAGUAAUGCUUUUGGUUUGCUGACAAUAAUUGUGUUACGCGUCUGCUGAGGAGCCACUAUGUUUGCACGGCAUGUAUUCAAAUUGCUGUACGGAUAAUACAAUAGACAUUACAGUUUGCGCACUUGGGCAGCUUCCUCUCUCGGGCGGCGAGCUGUUGUCGACAAUUUCAGAUCUUCUCCAGCUCCAUGAUGGCGAUGUUUCGGAGCUUUGUCUCAGCGAGCACCCAGCUCCGCCAGCAGCAGCAUCCCAGCAGCGGCACAGGGUCUCUGUCUGCCCCGGCGGAGGGCAUCGAGAGCCAGUUCUCUUGUCCGAUCUGCCUGGAGGUCUACCAUAAACCCGUCAGCAUCGCCAGCUGCACUCACACGUUCUGUGGAGAGUGUCUGCAGCCAUGUCUUCAAGUGACCUCGCCCCUCUGCCCUCUCUGUCGUGUUCCCUUCGACCCCAAGAAAGUGGAUCGCUCUUCCAGUGUUGAAAAGCAGCUGGCCUCUUACAAAGCACCCUGCAGGGGUUGUAGCAAGAAGGUGUCUCUGAUAAAGAUGAGGUCUCACAUUGCCUCUUGUUCUAAAGUACAAGAGCAGAUAGCCAACUGUCCUAAGUUUGUUCCUGUUGUACCCACCUCUCAACCUAUACCAAGCAAUAUUCCGAACCGGUCAACAUUUGUGUGCCCGUUUUGUGGGGCAAGACACCUGGACCAGCAGGAACUGGUGAAGCACUGUAUGGAAAACCACCGUAAUGACCCUAAUAAAGUGGUGUGUCCAGUGUGUUCAGCCAUGCCAUGGGGAGACCCUAGCUAUAAGAGCUCAAAUUUCCUCCAUCAUCUCCUCCACAGACACAAGUUCUCUUAUGAUACCUUUGUUGACUACAGCAUCGACGAGGAGGCAGCACUGCAGGCAGCUCUGGCCCUAUCACUGGCUGAAAACUGACAACAGUCAAACCAUCACCAUCUUCUCACUGUCAACUCAAAGUCCACCGUUACUGCACUGCUGCUGCUCCUCCAUGGCUCCGAAGGUAACUUCCAGCCAACAGACUUUUACCCGACCCAACCAGGUCCACACUCCCCACAGAAAGCCACACCACAAAGUUCAAGCAGCUUCAGAUGUGGUGAUAACGUUGCUUCCUUUUGAUGACCAGGAUGUUUGUCCUGGUGUAGCAGAGCAGCAAGUUUUCUAUGCUACAAAACAAAGGCAGUUUGGAAAGAGCGUCUUUGGAUAUCUGGAUUUGAGGAAAUAAUACCUCCAGUGGGUUUGGAAGUGAACCAUAUCAAAAGAAGUUAAGUUGUUUGGACCAACCUCCACAUAACCUAUCACACAAUGACCUUAAUGAACCCCAAGCUUAGAAACUGUAUAUUCACUCACAGCUUUCCUCCAGACCUCCGCAGCAUGAAGGGCUACCUCCAUGUUAAUACUGUCUCACCUUUGAGCAUAAAAAAGUAAAAGCCUGCUGAUUCUAAAACCCUCAUCAGUGGUUCAGGUCUCUGACCACAGUCACAUGUCAAGAUGUCCUGAGCGCUGGUGUUCACUGUUUAGUCUGAGACAUUGUGCGCAGGAUCAGGUUUGAACAAUCAAAUACAGUACCUAGCCUGCAAGAGCAAAUGAGACAGCAUUCCAGAAAGAUGUAGAGAAAAGUCCAGUAGAAAACACAGUGUGUCAAUAGCCCUCCUGUUUUUGAGUUGGUAUUUUGUACAUAUCUGUACUGGUUUUAAAAUAAGCAUAGGCUUAUUCACCAGAUUCACAACAGAAGAGUUUAUCCUGUUGCUUCGCAUAAAAGAAAAUGAAAGUCUGAAACCCAUGAUCUGGAAGGGGCGGACAGUCUGAACUGAGGACACACGGGCUAACAGUUUUCCUGUAUUAAUACAUUCAAAAAAAGAUGUAUCACAGAUUAUUAGCUGAAGCCAGAAAGUAUGUAAAUCUCAUAUAUUUUAAGAUAAAUGUGAAAAAUGGUCUUGAGGUAUAAAACAAAAAGUAAAGUAUUCUAGCUGUUGGUGUAUGAAACCCAACCUUCAAUGGUCUAAAUCGAAAAAAUAAUGUCAUUCCUUUAUAUUUGGAGAUUUUGUAUUUAUUUAUUUUCUACUUACUGUUCAUUUCUAUGCACACUAUAUUGCAUUUGUUUAAUAAACCACUAAAGAAGAGAUAUUCUCAUUCUAAGAUUAUAACCUACCCAGUGUAGUAUUCUUAAUGAGCCCAACUUUUCCGUCCUAUUCCGGCCAGCUUUGCUGUAGCACAUCACUUUGAGACUGAAGGCCUUUCUCUGGCUCUCACUCCAAAAUUACAAAUAUUUAACAUUUUCUACUGAAAAAACAGAAUUACCAAGUAAACCACAAAAAGCCAAGGAGAGUUCACGGUAUACCCGUUCAAAUGAUUGAUGGUCAUGAUUUAUACAACCAAUGUAGAAUGAAUCCACUACAUGUGUUCUGAUAUCAAUAAAAGCAUAAAAUGCAAUAUCUUUUUGGCAUGUAUGCCAAUCAAUGCACUGAUCCAUUACCAUCAUUUAGAAAUUCUCCAUUAAAUCAACCUGUUUCUUGUUUUCUAAAACAGUAGCCUCAACAGAUAUUAAUCUAUACGUAUUAAGGCCUACAUGGGUAAAACACUAUUUUAGAGCUUCAAGAAUUAGCGUUGUGCUGCCAUCAGAAAGUGAAACAUUAGACAAAGCACACAAAAUGUCCAUAACCAGUGUUUUACAAUCAGAAAUUUAAGACUUUUUAAAAUUUUUAAUAGUUCUUAAACUGGAUAAAUUCAUGAUUCAUGUUAAAAAAAAAGGUUUUAUUCGACAACUCAUUGGACCUUGAGCUAUGCUACAAAAUGCUACGCUAAUGCUAAAACGUAUGUUAAAUCUAACGUAAGAUAACAAGAACUUCACUUUGCCGUGGACUGAGUCUUGGCCAUGCUAAAUUAUUCACAUUCAUUCACAUGCCUCAAACUAGCACUGAGGGCUUCAGCUCAUUCUCAAGUCCAAGUUUCUGAAUCAGUGUUCAUGUUGUUUUCACACUCUGUCUUGUCCUUCAGCCGGCCCUCCUAUAUCACACUUUCUUUAACCCCAACUUCAAUGCACCCUGAUUUCUUUGGCUCCUUAAAAUCUCAGUGAUUUGCCUGAAGGCUCACACACACAAGCUUAAGAUAUAAAGGCUUGAAGUCAUUUUAGAAUGAUAUGAGCUUCACUUGAGCACAUUGAUGGUAGUGGGUAAGGUCAGACUCUGAGACAUUAUGGUCAGUCUUGAUUUCAGAUGAAACUGACAGGUUGUUAAAGCUGACAGUAUGAGAACCACUGAUCAGCCAGACUGAUCAUGUUUUCUAUAAUAUAGAGUUAUUGUUGUUCAAGUGGAUAUUACAAAUUCGUUCCACCUCUUUCUGUCUUUGUCAGCAGACUGUUCCGGUUAAGGUAUUUUAAUGCCCUGAUUGAAUUAAAAAAACAGCUGGACUCAUGGGUUGAAUUAUCCCAAGAGCCAAACAUGGAAACACUGAAGCUACUAGAGCUGAUAGAGACAGACAGCCAGAUAAGAUCCAAAUCAGUGUGGAAAGCCGGGUAUGAGACUGAUUCUGUUUCUUGGGGUGUUAAGAAGAUAAACAAUGUUUAUAUAUCAUGACUCUGACAUAGCAACAUCAAAAGAAGUCUUCACACCUGAUAAGCUCAGCUGAAGCUUAUCCAUAACUGUCCAUUCCAGCUUCACUGAACGCUUCACAGAGAGAGACCAAAAGAUGAACCAGAUCAAAAUGAAAUCAUAAAAGAAGGAUCAUUUUUUCAUGUCCAUUAGCAGUUAAAACAGACAUCCCAUCCACUUUCACUCUUAAUGCAAAGCCACACAGCUCCUUUUUUGUAUUGAUGUGAAUAUUUGCACUUAUAAAAAAUGUUUCUACCAGAUUGAUCUGUAGAUAUAAGUUGGAAAUAAAUCACUAAGGAUGGAGGUGUAUUGAGUUCUGACCUCAAUGUUACCAUUAUUUGCUUUUCAGCUGCCGUUACAAGAAAUAUUUUUAUGAGCCAAGCAGAGUAAUAAACAUAUAUUUUUGGGAAAAUAUUUCUGUUCAAACCAGGAGACUCUCAGAUAUUGAUCCUGUCUUUGUCUGCAGCUGUGUCUAAGGGAACUGUUUCAAUGCAGAAGUCUGAGUAGUGUAACCAUUAGAUGGCAGUCUUUCUCCAGAUCCUCGGUCGCACUGACACACGAGGUCAUGCUCUCUGUGGAGGCAGUUUGAGGAGAAAUCAGAGGUGUUACUUAGGUAAUGUUAUCUUAAAAUAAUACAGUAGUCUGUUGCACUUUAUUUCUUUCAGCUUAACUCAUUGAUUCCGCCACAGUAAAAUUGUAAAUUCUAUUUGUGUAAUCUUUAAUCUUGUUCAUUAUUUUUCAAUUCAGUUUUUUUUUUUUUUCAUUUGUAAAAGAAAAACAUGAAAGGGGUCAAAUACACUGUUCAUGUAAAAAGUGUCUGGGGUCAAAAAUGAUUUGAUUGAGUUAUAAGUUAUUAGUUCUGUUUGUGUUUCAAAACAUUCAAAUAUUUGUUAACUUAUUGUUUUAAUGGGCAGCAUGUGCAAUUUGUUUCCUCCAUUAAUGUUUCUGUGGUUAAAUUAAAAGGAGUCUACUGAGGAUGCUUUUAAUGCAACACCAGAAAAAGAAAACAGGUGAAGAAUCCAUGCCACAGAAAGUUAAGAUAUUAUAACCAUGAAUUCACAUCAUUGUGUGAUGAGCAGAACAAAGUUGAAUAAGUGUUUCAGGACAUCAGCUGAGGAUCAGGGCAGGUCUAUGAUUGCACAGUUGGUCAUUUGAGGCCUCCAAACACUUGGACCCAACCAAAACAUUUGUUUUUAAAUGUGUUUUUUAAAUUACCUUUAACAACAGGCGUUACUGUAUAUAUAUAUCUAUAUCUAUGUAUAGAUAUAGAUAUAUAUAUCUAUAUAUACUGUAUUUGAGUGAUACAUCUUUGUUUGAUUAUCUGGCAUCUUAGUGCCAUGUCAGUGGUUUUGGAAAGAAGUUUUGCUCUUGUACUCAGAAUUCAAACUUAGAUAACGAUGUGAAACGACAUCUGAAUAUGGUUAUUAUGGAAUCUUAAAAUGGGUCAAAAUUCAAAAAUGAAAGAAGAAUUGAAUGUGUGUUUGGACCGCACAUUAAGCUGUUUAUUUUCAGUGUGUCAUUGGCACACAUGGGACUGUUUGCUGUUGUUAGUAUCACUUGUCUACAUUCAGCACAUGAACAGUGAAGAGUUGAAUUUCUUGAUUUUUCCUCAACCUUUUUUUUAUUUGUCACAUUUCCUCUUCUGUAAAUUGCAUAUCUUUUUUCUAAAUUAAAAAAAGGAAAUCUUUCAUAUAAAAGGAACUUUUUUUAAAAUAUUUGAUUAGAUUUCAAUCCACCUUCUCCACAUAAACACAAUUUCUUCUUCAGUUUGUUGUUUUGAUAUUUAUUUUAAUGAAGCAAUCUUUUAUAAAUGAUUGUUACCUUCUUACCUCUGUAGCAGAAUCCUUCCGUUCUUUUUUUGUUACACCUUGUGUUCUCCGUGUUUACUUGCUUGUUUUUGAACUUCUUGGUUGAACACAUUUCCCCCAAGAAAUGUAAAGAAUCUGUGUUCAAUCCUUCUUUUGAAUUGUUACAUUUAAUAUCUCGUGUAAUUGUUACUGCUCAUCACCAAUUAUCUUUAACAGGCAGCCAUUAAGGAGAGCAGAGUGUGUAUGACUGUAGAAUACUGUAGAGGCUUUGUGCGUUGAUAACCAGGACUUUCUUAAACAUAUUUAAUGCUAACAUGAAGGUGUAUGAAAACUGUCUGGCUAAAAAGGGUUCAAAGGACCAGUUCAGAUUUUGGUUCACAUUGUCUGAAACUAAUACUCAAAUGCAAUAUAAAUGUUGAUGAAUCUGGCUUUAGAUUGCAUUUUUGCAUAGAUCAUGGUCCGUUGUAUUGUUAAACCUGGACUACAUGUAGCUAACAGGUUGUCACAGUAUGUUUGGACCAAAUUGAGCUGAGUUCUCUUGAUUGAAGACACCAGAAAGCCCAUUCUCAAGAACAGAAGUCAUAUUUUAGGUAAUGUUUUUUACCUUUGGAAUUAAGAUUCCUGAUGAAACCAGAAUUGCCUAAGUUGGUCUUUAACAAGUUUUACAUAUUAUAGUCCUAUAUAGUCCAAAGGAUUUUGUAAUGAUGUCAUCAGGUACAACAGAAGACUUGGGUCUUUUGAAAACGUGUUAGGUCAAAAUAUGGGAAAGCAUUAAUGUGGAGAUGUUUCAGCCAAGAUGAAAAUCAGUUGUUAAUUCUGUCUGUCAUGAAUCCCCCUUUAUAGAUGUGCAUGUCCACUAUAAAUACUUGGAGUAACCCUGUAAUUUAAAAUACGACGACCAGCAAAACAGUAACACAAGAAAAACAAAAAUUCAGAUGUUGAAGGAAGUCGACACUACACUUUUUAAGAAGUGUAAAAAAAAAGAGGAACAGUUAAACGAUGGCCAAAAAUUAACCCCCGAAGAACAUGCUAAAACUGAGAAAAAUAAUAUGUGGUAAUAUGUUGCUGUUACCAGCAGAAAUGUUCAGCAGAGUAAGAAUGUAAGGCACAUCAAAUCAGCACACUGGCUCGAGAGAUGAUUGAUCCAUUUUUCUCUUUCCCUGUGGUAGUGUUUGUGUUGAAACAGACAAGGUUGAAAGAAAGUAUUUGCUAAGACUUGUAAAUGUAAAGUCUACCUUCAGUGUGAAUAAAUAUGCAUUCUCUUUAACAAAGUAAUAACAGUCAAAAGAAGUGCUUGCAGUGACUCUGCUGCUGCUAGAGAUGAGGAUUCUGAUGUCUGGGGUUCUCCAGUUGUUGCACUGCUUGGGGUUUUAUCACAACACUAUGAGGAUGUUUUGUAGCAUUUUUUCUGUUUCCCCCUAAAUAAAAAGAAAA